GGGGUUCGUGAUGUGAACAAUGUACAUAACUACUGUAUAUCUAGUGCUACAGUGUACUGUGUGUCUCACCAUACGCGUACCAGUGAACUGGGAUAAUGAUAGUGAAGUGACAGAAAAGCCAAGUGAACUUAACUCACAACAGUACUUUCAAUACACAGCUAGCAAACCUCAGUUUGCUGUUGACGUCGCUAAAUUUCACGGUGUAAAGAAUCCAGAAAAGCAUUAUGAAACGUACCCCAUAAGACCAUACACAGAUGUCGAAAAACCUAGUUUUGGACAGCACAAAUUACUUGAUAAUGGCAAUGAGAAGUAUCAAAAUUAUCAAGAAUAUGUGCAUAAAAACACAGGGUCAGGCUAUGUUAGCCCUAUAACUAACAGCUAUGAGGUUUAUCAUCCAUAUAAAUUGGAAGAGCCAGCUCUUCAAGCAAUAUAUAAAGAUCCCGUGUUACAAAAAAUUCGCAAUGAUGUUAAGAGCGCCAAAAAUCAAUUAAAUGAAUAUGAACACAACACGGGUGAAUCUAAUAUAAGCAAAGACGAAUAUUUAGAACAUCCUACUCAGACUGAUAGAAGAAAAGUUCCGCAACACAAUAUACCUGCUCGAUAUGAAAUUCAUGUUCCGCAACGACGCCCUAUUUAUUAUAAACCAAACCCAAUAAAUAAUAAUAGACAUAAAAUAUUAAAUCAAAAGUUAAAGCAUCCUUGGCAUCAAAACUAUGUCAAAGUUGCACCAAUACAUUAUCGGCCACUAAAAAAUCAUUUGCUUCGACUGAGACAGCAACAUGCAUUAACUUAUGGCGAUGAACGUAAUGAGUAUCCUCAAACUUUAAAAACUGAAGAGCUGAAUGACAAACCUGAUGGAUAUGAUAUUUUUGAGACUGGAAAACAAAAUUUCAAUAAAAUAAGAAACAACUUUGAUGAAAAAAUUAAUGAAGCUGUUUUAAAGAAUAGACCAUCAUCGAAUGAAAAACUAGAACUACAACGGGACACAGAAGAAGGAACAGCAGCUGCAAUUAUAGAUGAAAACGAAUUCGUACCCAUUAAAAAUUAUGCACAAGUUAGAAAAACAGAAACUAUUAAACAUGUACCAAAAUCAUCAGCAUACAAAGAUGCACAAAGUUUAGAAGAGAUUCAAAACGCACCAAGAUUAAGAGAAGCAGUUAAAAGUAGUAAAAACCAAGUUGUUUAUUCAGAAGAAGGCUACGAGGACUCGGCAUAUGAUCAUGGCGGUGAGCAUAAACACGCAUCUGAUCAUGAAGGUCAUGGAGGGUUCUUAAAAGAAAAUGAAGCCAGUAAAGGAAAGUAUAAAAUACCAUCGAUAGCUGCUAGUUUUGAAGAUGAAGGCAAAUUAUCGUCAGGACACCAAUUAAAACAUAAUAAAAAAUAUAGUGAUGAGUAUCACAACGCUGAUGAUGAAACAGAAGUUGAAGAUUAUUCUGAGAAUGAGAAAGAUUACGCAGAUAAUAAUGAUAACAACCCAUUAAUAGAUGUCAGUGAAAAUAUAGGGCGUAAAAAUGUUGAUAAUGAUGACGAAGUACGUCAAGAAAGUAAUGACAAUUACGAUACCGUAAGUGAUCAUGAUAUAUCAAAACGAGAUACGAUAUCACCACUAGAAAAAUUGAAUUCCACUCUCGAAAAAUCUAAAAUGAAUGAGGUGGUAUCAAAAUCCCAUUUAACGUCAGUAUUAAAAAAGUAUCCCUACUAUAAUAAAAAUAUGAAAUCUCUACAUUACAAUUCACCUUUACGAUAUGCAGAAGAUCUAAAACUAAUACCUAAAAAAAAUAAGGAUCCUGCUGCUUUUUAUCACUCAAGGUCAAAUCUGCGUUGCCCUGAUAUAGAAAUUGAAUUGAAUCCAAUACCAGAUAAAUUGAAUAAAAAUGGACACCCUGACGAAAGCGAAGAGGUCGAAGAUGAAGACCUCGAUGACAGUGAAAACAAAAAGAGUGAUAAGGAAUUUGAAAGUUUUGAAAAAAAGCAAAGGCUUAAAGGGCUUGGUGACAAAAUUGACUGCUUGAAAAUAAAAUAUUUUGGUUCGGAUCCAUUGGAUAGUCCCUUUUUUAAGGAAGAAUAUGUAGAUAGCGUACAUCCUCUAAGCGAUUCAGAAGCAAUUAAUUUACAUAAUUCAAAUGAAGCAAUUCAAGCAAGUAAUAUUUCUUCAAGACUAUCUGUAGGCAAUGGUAUAGUUGCAGAUAAAAUUCAACCUCUAGCUUUUAACUAUAGCUCAAAUCCACUUUACCACAUUGGAGAUUUCAAUGGCCCUAAUAAUACGAAUCAAAAUAUAGACACAAAUCUAUCAAACGCUACCAAAAAUUCUAAUGGAACUAAAAAUAUAGACCAGUCGAACAGUAAAGUAUCAAAUGCAGAGUUUAUACAAUUUUUGAAUAAAGAAGAUACAAACAAAAAACCUCUUGUCUUGAGGAAAAGAAGAGCUACAUCGUUCAACUAUGAACCUUAUAAAGUAAUUCAAGAAAAUAAAUUACAUGAUUUAAGAAAGAUUGCAACUACAGGAAAUGUUAACCCUCUCUUAAAACAAUUGCAGGCAAAUAAAAUAAUUGAAAAAUCUCAGUCACAAAAAGACAGUAAAUCAGUUGAAAAAGUUGAUAUACCUGAAAACAACAAAUUGUCUCGCGUUUUUAACAUAAGUGCUGAAAUGCACAAGCAAGAACCACAAUUAGAGCAAAAGUUAUCAAACCAUAAGCCCUUUUAUUCCCCUGUUGAAGACAGAACUUCAGUUACAAUGGACCAAUAUAAUAACAGAGUAAAAUUUAAUAAUGACGAUGUAUCAAAAUUAAAGAAGAGAUCAAAUCAAAAUCAAGUACAAUCAAAACCCCGUCAUGUUGAUAUGGAAAUUCAAACAAUUGCAGCGAGUAACAACGUUGAAAAGAUUAUUCGCACGACAACAAUAAAAGCAAUUGCUAAAAAAUAUAACGAAGAAGAUGAUUAUUAUGAUGAAUAUGAAGAUGAAGAUGGUGAAACAAUAGCCUCUACAACCACUACUACCCUUAAACCAAAAAUAAAAAUAAGAAUUCACCUAGCUGAAAUUAAAAAACCAACACAGGAACAUCAUAUAAUGGAUGAGACUGAACCCUUAAAAUUACAACUUACAACAAGAUUUAGAAGUACAACUGAGAAAGCAUACAAGGAACUUGAUGACAGUAGUAAUAAGUCUGAAUUUGAAGUGACAACUCAUUCGCCCAAAUACAAAGAAAAGAAAAAAAAGAGUACAAAGACCACUUUUGUGACAGAUACAGAAUCAUAUGGAGAUGAUAAUGAUGAUAUGAAAAAGGAAGAAAUUGAUGCAUUGAUUGGAGUUCAACACGAUAUGGAUGAAUAUAUGCCAACAUAUGAAAAAGAAUAUCUUGGAAAAAAUACUAAGAUAAAUAACAGAAAUGAAAAUUAUAAUAGCGAUAACGGUGGUGAGAGCGAAAAUGACCAUGGCAACGAAUCUGACUUAGAAGAAGAAGAAGAAGAUGGUGAUGAUGAUGAAGAAGAUGAUGAGAAUGACACAGAUGAUGAUGAAGAGGAGGAAGAUGAUGAUGAAGAGGAUGAUGAAAUAAAUAAUAAUCGAUCUGUUAAUAAUACUCGUAGCAGUGAAAAUGUUUAUAAGAAUGACACUACCUAUAACAAAUCUGAAAGUCCGUUAAAAAUAGAAAUUACUACAUCUGAACCAACAAAAAGAACAUUACUUAGAACAACAGAUAAACCAAUUAUUACUACUGUAAAAAAUUCUCAAAAUCACCAAUUAAAACCAAAUGUUUACAGAAAGAAAAUUGAAAUUCAUAAAGAAUUGCCUGUUAACAAGUCAUCUCCACACAUCACUCACUUCAAGCAAGAUAUAAAGGAGGUAGAAAUUGUUAAGGAACUUGAUGUACCUAAACAACCACCAAAGCUAGUUAAUAAGAACUUAGAACAAUUAGAGCUAUAUAAAAGCGAUAAUUUAGCAAAAGAAAUAAAUGAGUUAGGAGGAGUCGAAAUAUUCAUAGAUGAUCUAGAUUUGGAAUCUGGUCCAAAACAUGGUGGAAAUUAUAGAAGCAUUAGUGCCGAGGACUUGGAAAAGGAACAAGAGGAAACAAAGAAAGGCGACACAGAAGCCUCACAAAGUCAAACAAAAAAAUCAAUUGAGUUGGUCACAUCUCCCACUUCAAACAGCCCCAAAUCCAGAAGUGAUGUUAUUCGAUCAAGGAGUUCCAAUCCGCGACGUGGAAGAACAGAAAAUGUACCUUCAAGGCAGAAUACCAGAAAUCGUUUUGCAUCUAGCUUCACUAAAAGUGGAAAACUAAUCGAAUUAAAAGAUGAAAAAACAGACAAUUAUGGAAGUACGCAAGAUGGAAACUUUAGAUCUUAUAAUUCACGAAAUAAUGAAAGGCCUAUGCAUGGCGGAAAUUACAGGAGUGCUAAACUUAUACAGGCUGACACUAACCAGCCUACAUCGACUACCAUUAUUCCAACAACCCGAAGGUAUAACAUAAGGCGCAGUCGUAAAAACGAGGCUGAAUUGUUAAACAGGUAUGCUCAGGCAGUCCCUAUUCUGACUACGACGCCACCUUUCAUCUUAGACCCAAGCAAAAGAAUGUAUUAUUAUGUCGAGGCUUAACUGAUAUAGUAACAUACAUACCGUAUAAGCUACUGGUCAAAGUGGGGUGCCAAAAUAUAUCUAUGAUCUACUGAUGAAUGUGUGGAUGAAGGUGUUAAUAAUUUAUUUUAUUUUUUGUAUUAAUUAGUUGAUUUCUGUGAUAAUUUUGUUAACGUGUAGUGUUAUCUGAUUAUAAUAUAGAUUUUUAUAUAUUGAGUAACUAAUAAUAAAAAAUUGGCUCACGUAAAACAUAUUUUAUUUUGAAGUUUUUACUAGAAUUAUGUAACAGCUAUUUAAAAUUGUAUGCUUAAUGUAUAUGUCGUCAUUAUCAACAUGGAACCAAUAACUAUUAAUAUAUUAUAAUUAAAUACUUAAAUAAAAUAAUAGAAUUUUAGUCAUAAUAUCAUGUAACUUUUAAUUAUUAAUAAUAUAAGACAUAAUUAUUAUGUUUUAUUUAUAACAAAUAUAUGCAUGCAUAAAACAUCAUAUUUGUUAGUUUUAUUGCACUGACGACUUAAAAUGUAUAAAGUCUUAUCAACUAUACA